AUGGCCCCCCCACCCAAUAUUUGGGGUCACUCAGUGGUCACUCAGCGCCGGUCACUGCCAGCGGUCACUCCGUGGUCACUCAGCGCCGGUCACUCCGUGGUUUCUCCGUGGUCACUCUGUGGUCACUCUGUGGUCACUCAGUGGUCACUCAGCGCCGGCCACUGCCAGCGGUCACUCUGUGGUCACUCUGUGGUCACUCCGUGGUCUCUCCGUGGGCUCUCCGUGGUCACUCUGUGGUCACUCCGUGGUCACUCCGUGGUCACAGCACCGGUCACUGCCAGCGGUCACUCAGCACCGGUCACUCCGUGGUCACUCCGGACUGGUCACUCUGUGGUCACUCAGCACUGGUCACUCCGUGGUUUCUCCGUGGUCACUCAGCACCGGUCACUGCCAGCGGUCACUCUGUGGUCACUCUGGACUAGUCAUUCAGCGGUCACUCUGUGGUCACUCCGUGGUCACUCUGCGGUCACUCCUAGUGGUCACUCAGCACUGGUCACUCCGUGGUCUCUCCGUGGUCACUCAGCACCGGUCACUCCGUGGUCACUCCGUGGUCACUCCGUGGGCUCUCCCAGCGGUCACUCAGCGCCGGUCACUCUGUGGUCACUCCGGACUGGUCACUCAGCGAUCACUCAGCACUGGUCACUCCGUGGUCACUCCGUGGUCACUCCGUGGUCACUCCCAGUGGUCACUCAGCACUGGUCACUCUGUGAUUUCUCCGUGGUUUCUCUGUGGUCACUCCCAGUGGUCACUCAGCACUGGUCACUCCGUGAUUUCUCCGUGGUCACUCUGUGGUCACUCCCAGUGGUCACUCGGCGCCGGUCACUCUGUGGUUUCUCCGUGGUCACUCAGCGGUCUCUCCAUGGUCACUCCGGGUCACUCAGUGGUCACUCAUUGAUCACUCAGUGGUCACUCAGCGGUCUCUCCGUGGUCACUCAGCAGUCACUCCGUGGUCACUCCAGGUAACUCCAGGUCACUCAGCGGUCACUCAGCGGUCACUCGGCAGUCACCCGGCCAUCACCCAGCAGUCACUCAUUGAUCACCCAGCGGUCACUCAGCGGUCACUCGGCGGUCACUCGGCCACUGG